GGGGUGACAGGGGUAGCAGCAGCGACGGUUUGAUACUGAGUGGCUGUGCUGGAGGCCAGCCAGUAACUGUUGAGCUCUUGAGCCCAGCCUGGAAUAGUAAGCAAGUGGCCCUUGGAGGCUGAGGAAGUGCCGAAAAUAUCCGAGUGGUUUUAAAAUUUUCAGUUAAGAGCAACUUAACUGGUCUAAGUUUUAACAUGAAGGUCACAUGAUCAUCGGUAUGAUGGUGGAGUAGACGUGAAUUACGAGUAAAUAAAAGUUAUUAAGUUUAGUACACGUUUCGUUUCUUACGUAAAUGUUUCCGGAAUGAUAUAAGGGAAACAGCCAUGAACGCUUAGACCUAGAAAAACAUAAGCCGAAACGAUUUCGAUUUCUUCCCCGAGGACCUGCAUCGAAGAAAUACUCCACAAUGGCGAACUUUCGCAUGUCUGCAGUUCUCAUUGACGUUUUGCUUGUAGCUGUCACAGUGGCUAAUCCUGCACUAGGGAAUAGUGCCUGUCAAAAUGCCAACUGCGCCAUCAUAUGUAACAGAAGCAACAGAACUACAUAUAAGCCCCAGUUGUGUGAAACCUGCAAAUGUUCAGGUGAAGGUGCCAGUAGCAGUGACCUCUCCGACCCUGAUUCCCUCGAAAAAAGAUUAGAUGCAGUGGAAACAUCGCUGUUUCAACUGAAGGUGAUGACGGGUGUGCUUCUGGCCGUAGUGUUAAUACUGCUAUUGGCAUUUGUAUUAUUAUUUAUCCAGCGCUUGAACACACCUCUCCUGAAGUUGAAGACUGUUUUAUUCUGCAAGAAGAAAGCUCCUCGGACAAAUAGUACCAUCGGAAACCCGCCGCCAACCGUGGGCAGAUUGGCCAACCACCAGAGUGACUGUAGCCCUCACCUGCGACGAGCUACGGAAUCCAAGCCGUCGACGCUUGGUGACACAAGCUUAGAACCUCUACCUCGUCCCUACAGAGUACGCCAACCUUCAGAAUCGACUUGUCCUGAGGAGGGGAAUGAUAUCCCCCAACAAGGCUAUGACAACUUCGGUCUUUCAACCUCCACCAUUGACGCCAACGCACUUCACAACACUUCCAACUCUUCAAUGGAUACUCUGGGCCCCGCCAUUUCGACAAACACCCUGCACACCACUUUGCCUUCCUUGAACCACUCACCUUUAAAUGGUCAUGUUAAUGCGAGAAUAUGAAUGUGAAAUUCAAUCGCAGAAAAUUCUUUUUAUGUAUGUCCUAGUUGGCAGUGCCAAGGGCAGGUUAUACUAUACACUAAAGGCCAGCCUUGUUAUUAGGUAAUGGCCGAAUGAUGGUGGCUAUAGGUACUAUUUUAUAAAGUUAGCAGUCUAACUCCACUGAAAGUGCAAUAUAUUCAGUUUCAUAGGGUUAUUAGGUACUGUAUAGUCUGUGCCAUUGAGCCUUGUGAGGGAGUUCGUGGAAUUUACUUUCAGCUCCAUAUCAUGAUGGUAGUGUUUUCUUUUUCUAUCUUUCUUUUUUGUGAUAUGCCUGUACGAUACCUACUAUGGAUUAAGGUUGGGUCAUUGGACUAUGGCAAAUUCAAGUUAAAGAAUGGCCUAAGCAUAAGAUAAAACCUACACGAUUGGCCUGUGAACAGUAGUCCAGUUUUACUAACAAGAUUCUUGUACCACCUACUUAUGGGUUGAAGUGCAAAUGGAUGAAAGACAACCUGUAAGUAUUCAUAUUCUAAGACAUUAGUACUCAGAUAUGCAAUGAGCUUUGAUGAACAGUGUUAACAUUCUAUGUUAUUUCACACAAGACCUAAAAUUGUUUAGCAUAAAUCAACAUGUUUGUGAAUUUAUGAGUUUUGUCACCUUUGUAGAGAAUAGAUUUAACCAGAUUGAAUGUCCAGACAUGAAAUUUUCAGUGAUCAAAAGUUUAUCAAAUAUACUAUGUACUACAUGGUGUCAGGUAUACAGUCAUGGUGUGAAUACAAAGAUGUACAGUAUUUUUGAUAAAUGUACUUUAUACUAUAUCUAUAUAAGUUUUGAUGAACAUUUCUAUGUAUACAAGUAGAGAAGUUUUAUUGGAUUUUUAUCAAAGCUUUGAAGCCUAUUUACAUACAUUUUGCUAUUUUUAACUAACUUCCAAAGCAAUAUAGGGAAAUAUUUAUAUUUUAACCCUUGAGGCCUGGGAAUUUGAUCAAAACUUUAUAGUACACACUUUUGUCAAGGGCAGAUCCCAAAGAAACAAGCCACAUUUGUUUUAGGAAAUUAUCACAGUAUCUUAAUUUGAUAUUACACAUCCACAGACAACAUUUCUAUCAAAGUUGGAUACUUGUUUGUUUCAACCAUUUUAGAAGAGAGAAAAUUCUUUUAAUUUCCAUGUAAUCCACCCAGUGCCUGAAGUCUGACUUUACCCUCCCGGCAGGGGUUUUUCUCUGUGUGUGUGUGUAACUUGCUGAAGCCAGAUGAGGCUAUUUUGUAAAAGAAUGCAUCAAAUGCAAGAAAUUACAUGGGAGAAAAAAUUGAAAAGGAUUGCAGAAAACAACAAUGAACAGAAUGAAAGAGGGAGAGCUAAAUAUGAAUUAGAUGUCACAAAGCAUCAAUCUAAUUUCUACUAGAAUGAUACACCCAGAAGGAAAGAAUUGGAUACUACAUAUACUAAUAUAUAAAAUGAUCAUUUGUAAGAGCCAGUACUUGUAUGUACUCUUAUUAUAUUUGGAGAAUGAGUCUAACCUAAAUUGCGUGCAUGUGUUUGAGCUCUUACCAUGGUAAAUUUCAUUGCAGAUCAAACUAAUGCUCCAGGACAGGAAACUAUUAGUGUUUGCAUGUAAUCUGAGACCCUGAUCAUUAAAAUCACAGACCAGUGGCUCAGAACUCUCUCUCCCAUCCCCUGAAAUCGCUGUGGACCGCAAACUACUGUCCAGAGGACCCACAUCAGAUAUCAGUUAAGUUUUGGCAUCAUUAUCCCAGGCCUUGAGUUGAACAUAGAGAUUUUUGUUUUAGCUCAUAAGUUGCUCAAUUUUGUAUCUUCAAAGCCUUGUGAUUGUUGACAUUAAUUUUUUUUGAGAUUUUAUCAUACUUUUUAAUAAUCUACAUAUUGAUGUGGGAUUGUAAUUCAAGUACAAGUGUGGUUGGCUUUUGAGAUAUAUUGUUUGACAUUGAAAGCGUUUCCUGUUACAUAUCACAUGGGAUGUGAUCCAUGUUAGCUGUUUCAGAAUAAAAUGGCUCCUUUGUCAGGCUUAGGAUUCAAACAGUG